AUGUUGGAGCACAGAGCCACAUCGACUCCCGGCGAGCAAUUCUAUUCCGGGUUCAAUGGCCGCCCUGGCGAUUCCAGAUCUAAUCUUGGUGGCCCACAGGAACUCAUAGAAGAGAUGAUGCGCACACGCAACCUUCGCCAUGUCCAAUCUUUCCCUGACAGUUGGACCUUCUUUAUUGAUGGCGGAAUGUACGGCAAAUCCUUCAAGUUUGUCAAGGAGAGAGAGCAGUCUAUGGCUGCAUUUCAACCGGCUAUGCAAGCUGGGCUUUGCAUACCACAAUCCAAGGGCGAAUUGGUCCUCACUAGACAAGAAACAAUGUUGCAAUCGCUCAACAUCCUGUGCGACGACAUUCUGGAAAUUGGAUCAACUACCCGUUCCCAAAAGUCGGUUCCCAAGAAACCCACCGAUACUGCCGCCGCCGCACUUUCAAAGCUCAGCAUCAAGCAAUCUGACGAGUUACCCCAGCUUGACCUUCCGCGCCUCAUCGAAGAUGCGCGUGACCAAAAGGCUUCAAUGGACGAUGACUUGGCUCUCCUAUGUACCGAGUCAGUCGCACUGGCCCACGAGGUCAACUAUUGGUUCUUUAGCAGACCUGAACUGGUGCCUGAUGAGAAAGGGCGGUCACUCCCGGUACACACAGACAAGUUCAUUAGCGGUUCCGUCCUGGAGGCUGUUCACCAUACGGUCAGAGCUGCUGCAACAUGGGACUAUAUGAUUCGUCUGCUGGAACUUCUUGCUACCAUCACGGAUAAGUCUCGCAGAGCUAUUGUUCUCCAGGAGAUUUCGAAUCUAUGUCAUUUCGAGUACUCCCGCACGCAGGCUAUGUUCAAGCGCCAAUUGUCAACAGCCUCAUCUGCCGGCUCUAAAUGGUUCAAGUGUAUUUCAAACACUUACGAUAAUGGUAUCCCUCGCAUAGCGCUGAAGGGCAAGCCGGAAAAGUUGACACAAGAGAAUCCUCAUCUUUACUACUUGUUGCGCCUUAGCCAAUCGGAUACCACGGCGACUAAGGCUGUGGACUGGUUCAAGAAGCUGGAUGAGUAUGAACGUACUCAUCCAGGUGCUCGGGAAAGCAUGAACAAUCGCGAGGCUGACAGCCAUGGUGACUUGGCUAUUAUCGUGAGCUUCUACCAGUCUCUUGCUUCAGUGGUCUCGAUGCCUGCAUUCAAUCGCAAAAAGGCACAAUGCUUUAUCACGAAAUCAGGAGAAUUGGAGGCAGAGCUUCAAGGUCUCAAGCCCCAGCUUGAUUUGCGCGAUUAUGCAGCGCCAAUUGACAAUCUACUGGAGCCAGGCAUGACCGAUGCUGCCCUCAAUGCCCUCGACAUAUUUCUUGUUGAGAAGACGGGCACCAAAUUAGGAUUCCUCUACCAGGAUCUCAUCAAUGAAUGUGUCGCCAGCCUUGAAGCCCAGCUCAAGGCUACUUUGGCACGACAAGAGAAGAUCCAGGCUGACAAGCAGACCAAAGCGGCGGAAUAUGUCCCCUUCCCAGUUGAAGCGCCUCAAGCACCCGAUGCCCGCGUUCAGGCCAGAAAGGAAAAGGAAAAGACACGCCCAGUCCACUCAUCUGCCUUUGAGAUCGUGCCCCCAGCACAGCCCAGUGCUACAAAGGAGAGCGAAACACUGCAAUCAUCAUCCACAUUCAAAGUCAAGGAUGCUACUUUCAGGGUAUUUGAGGCGUUGUUCUCUUCAUCACAGGCUCGCGGGUCCGUUUCUUGGUACAACUUCGAGUCUGCAAUGGCAGAUCUCGGAUUCUCGGUUCUCCCCAAAUUUGGCUCCGUCUAUACCUUCUACCCGCCACAAACCAUGCCCAACCAACGACCACUGACUGUGCAUCGCCCCCACCACUCCCAGAUCGAGGGCUACAAAUUGCUCUCAUACUCUCGUCGUCUGAAGAGACUUUAUGGAUGGAGACAAAAGAACUUUGAGAUUGCAUAA